UGCACCCUGUAAAAUAAAAGAUUUUAAAAAAUUAUCAGAUUGCAUUUUUAUUGAAGAUGAAACAUUGUUUCUUCGUUUUGUCAAUACUAGAUGGCUCACUCUUUCUUCUUCACUUAUAAAGGUUCUAUUAAGGUGGGAAGACACCAAGAAAUAUUUUUUGGAAUAUAUUCCAAAACAAAAGGAGUAUAAAAAGACACUGACAAACAAUAAGCGUUAUAUUCGAAUUCAAAGAAGUCUUAGGGAAACUGAAAAUCUAAUUAAAGUUAUUCUUCUUAUUAUUUUUUUUUGAAUUAUUACAUAUAAUAGAGAAUUGAUUAUUUAGGAGUUACUUGUGUCCAUCAAAUUCCUUAUUGGUUUAGCUCCCUUGUUUGAGAAAUACUUGACAAUAUUUCAAGAUGAAGGACCACUUGUUCAUAUUUUAUUUUAUAAAAUGAAAAAUCUUUUAAUAUCUUUAAUGAAACGUUUCCUUCAACCGACUGCUGUUAAUGGAAAGCUUACUAAAGAUCUUUUAAAAAUUGAUUCUUCUGAUUCAACUAUCCACCUUGGUUUGAAUAAAAUGGACUUUGGCGAGGAAGCUAAAAACCAGGUGAACAAAAUAUCAUGUGAAAAAAAAAAGAUUUGUCUUCUUACAGCAAAUGAGAGAUGGAUAUAUAUCUGUUGUAAAACACUUGCAAAAAAAACUUCCACUUGAUUUGCAGAUAUUAAAAGAUAUAACUUGUUUGGGUGCUCAAAUGAGAUCAGAACCUUGGACUGUUAAUGCAAUUGGGCGAAUAGCAGUUAGAAUGCCACAUGUAAUUACGGAAAAGGAGGUAUCAUUUCUGAAAGAUGAAUGGAAAUUAUACCAAGCAGCUAAUAUAUCAAAAGACUGGUAUAUAGAUUUUGAUACAAAAAAACUAAAAAGAGUAGACCAUUAUUGGGCUAAAGUUUUUGAAAGUAACAAUGAAUAUGGAAAAACAAAGUAUGGGUAUCUCAGUAAAGUUGUUAAGAGCUGUUUAAUAAUUCAGAAUGGAAAUGCCAGUGCUGAGCGAAGUUUAUCUGAUAACAAAAAUACAUUAACUCCUGAGAGAGUAAAUCUAAAUGAUGAAACAUUAAUGGCUUUGAGAAUAUCAAAAGAAUAUGCAAGAAGUUGCAGAGGAGCAUAUAAUGUUGAUGCACUCUCCAAAGAUUUUGUUCAAGCUGUUCAAAAUGCUCAUAAAAUAUAUAAAAAAAGAAAAGCUGAAGAAGACGAAGAAAAAAGAAAAAAUUAUAUUCAUGAGCAAGAACUAAUGAAUAAAGAAAAAGAGCAGAAAGAAAUGCUUGAAAAAGUUGAAAAUCAAAAUAAAAAUUUAGAUCAACAGGAAAAAAGUCUAAAGAAUGAUGAAAAAAAUGCAGAUCUUGAGUUUCAGCUUGCUCAUUACUUGUUUCAGAAUGCUCGAUGA